AGUGUUUCAUCAGUCAGACGAAUCGACAGGGACAGGGGUCCACACAGCUCGAGAGGGAGCUUUGAUAAUUAGCCUUCCACACACACGACCCUUUGGCUCGCUCGUAGAUCAGAUCGCGCAAAGACACCACAUCUGUUGCCAGCCACCAUCCAUGUCCCGACCACAAUCCACCGCUACCACCAACUUACCGCCUCAGACAGCUCCAACAGCUCCGGCUGUUGCGACAGCUCCUCCGCUACCAACUUCUACAACUACGACGACAGGGACCGAAGAUGCACCGAUAGCAGCGGGGGAAGAAGAAUGGUCCGAGGAAAAGCUAGUCGAAUCGCUCCGACGACUUGACGACCUUCACAACCGCCUGAUAGGACUCCGCACCGUAAUUCCCAAGAUUCUUCACCCUCUAUCAGCCGAGUAUGCAACUCCUGUGGACAUGUUUCAGGACUUUUCGAACCGCGCGCUGUCUUGCUCCGAAGAAAUCGCGACCUUCAAUUCGCUCUACGUGAAGAGCCAGUCCAUAUUCGAACACGCGGCAUCGUCGCGAGCGCGCGAUCCGGAGGACAUCCGAAGGCUGGCGGUGGGGGAAGUGUUUCUGCCGGAGGAGCAACCGCAAGAAAGCGACGGGGUUAAGAAAGAAGACACGGAGAUGAAAGACGCUCCAGCUGUCGGCGAAGAGAAGGAAGAGGAGGAAGAGGUGGUUGAGAAUACAAAGGACGAGGACAUCGAAGAUGUGGUGGAGGAGUUUUCGGGGAGGUUGAUGCAUCGCGAUGUAAAUGUGGAAGAACUUCCUGGGGGCACACCCGCGCGACGGUCGCUCAAGGUUGUUCUUCCACCACCGUCCUCCCUCCUCUUUACCAUCGAGAUCACCCCGUCCUCUGAUAACUCGCGCGCCUUCGUCGUAACCUCCGUCAAAAGCGCAAAAAAGACGGAUGCACCCGUGCACAAUCUACACACGGGUAUUAUGCGCGCCGUCACGGCGCGUCAGUGGCCGGGGAACCUGGAGAUGCUACUAGAGAUGUUGGGCGCGUACAGGAAUAUAUUCUCCGCUAAAUGUGAUAAGUGCAGACGGCUCACUGCUGGUAGUAAGGUGGAAUUGCCGGUGGUGAGGAAGCUGGUCAAAGAUGCCGGGGGCAAAAGGUGGAUUGCGAUUCAUGAGGGGUGUAAUGGCAUGUAGCGGGGUGUAAUGCUUGGGUACUUGGUGUAGUAUACGUUGCGCAUUAAUGAAUUUGAGUGAUGUGGUGAGCAGCUUGGGAU